GCGCCAUCUCGUGAUGGUUUACAAGGAUUUUGAUCCAGCGUGCUUCCUUGGGUGUAUUUGGUGUAGUUUCAUAAUUGAGGACCUGGUUCGAACCUCUCAAGGUAAUAAAUUUUAAGCCGUAACCUAUAAGCUGUUAUUUAAGUUGUUUUGCGUCUAGUAUGGAAAGGCGUCUUUGCAGAAAGGGGACGUCGAGACAAACAUUCCAUCCCCGUGAGAUCUCUCUAGUUCGGCUUGACAUCUUCGUAUUCGGCAAAAGCGUAAUCAAAAUCACUGGAUGUCAUGAGGGACAGUUUAUUUUUUGGAGACAUAUAGUUUGGUGGUAGAAUGUUCUGCUUCAAAAUCGUAGCUCUAGAUCAAACGAACAACACGAACUUUUCAAAUUCAAUUGAUCAGCUUGUGGUAUGAAGCAUGAAAAAGCUUGUUUUUACGUUGAAAACUAACUGCUAUAAUUUACAAGCUAAUGGUUAAGUUUUCCUUUGAAAUUUUCCCAGCCAGUAGUCUUUCACUGGAGAUUCUUUAGGUUGUUGAUCUAGGGGUUCUCAAAGAUAAUUGUUGUGUUGGAGCGUUCCAAGUAGUACUUUAGUUCAUUGAGUAUAUAUGGCUGCUUCCGCGAGCCGGCGAGAUGAACCAGCGUAAGUUAUCUUGCCCGCUCGGGAUCCACUUAACCAUGUAAUAAAUUCUUUAUUGUCUAAGUUUGUUCUGUCAAGUUGCCUGAAUAUUUAACUUGUUGUUGUUGCUGUUGAUUUUUGCAUUUUUAUUAUUAACCUUCAGAACCUCUCCCUCAACUAUCUAUGAUCUUGGUCUAUAAAAAUUGAAAACAAGAAUAAUUAGCCAUCUUAGCUUCAUUUAAUUCCAGGCCCCGGUUGUUCAAAAGAUGGAUAGUGCUAUCCGCCAGAUAAAUCACCAUCCAACGGAUAAAUAUUAGGGAAACCAAUUGUGCUAUACACUGGAUAGAGAUUUCUCCGCUAGAUAGCGUUAUCCACCGUUUGAACAAAUGGGGCCAGGUCCAUAAUGCAUAUGUAUCUUUAUUGUAUUAAUUAAUACAAUUAACCAUUUCUUCCGUAAGCAACCACACAAAAUACAUCUGUGUUGAGCAUGCAUUUUUAGUAGUGUAGUUUCGUCUUUCCAAAUUGGCAGAUAAUAUUUACCUGGAUUUAUAAAAAAAUAUAUUUUUUUAGACGUUUGUUUCUCUAGUAAAUAAUUCGCAAAUUGCAAGUGUACUCACAGGACUAAAUCAGCUAAAUAAAAUGCACUUAAGAACUCUUUUGGUUUGUUCUGAGAUAAUUUAUAUAUCCUCUGAAAAAAUUUGCGAUUUAUUCCUCCAAGAUUUUUAAAGAUUUAUGUACUGAAAAUUGGGCAAAAUUGCCGAGAAAAAUAUAAAUGCAACAGAAAAAUAGAAAUAAAAUAAAAUACUGAAAUUAUUUCAGUAUUUUAAAUUUGAGCGCACCUAGCCAAAAUAUUAAAACUAGAACAUUGUGUCGCCGUCUUUUCAAAAACUUUUUACCUUCUACGCCAACAGAAAUAACCUUCGAGAUCUCCUUUAAUCUCGAAGGAAGUUGAAUGUGAUAUUGUGAGGCCCUGCCAGGGUAAAUUCCAACAAGCGACAUGGCCCAAAAAGUAGCGACAGCGCGUAAAAUGAAAUCGCGACAAGAGACAACCUCCCUUGGCCAAAUUACGACAGUGACGGCAAAGCCGACAAUAAGCGACAAGCGUUUCAUAAACACCGACACAAGACAUUUUAAAAUUCAGACAGGUGACAUGGACCCCCCUCACCCCCUGGCAGGGCCUCUAUUGUACUGACUGUUUUAUUUUUAGUUUAAAAAAUUAAAAGGUAAGAGCUAUUUUGUAAGUCAGCAAGUGUGCAGUUUUCCCAUGUAUGAUUAAAUUUGCAUACUAAAAAAACAAGCAACAGAAGUAAUUUUGGUUGGCCGAUUCAGCAAAUGUCAAUGAAUCAAAAAAGUGGGUGGCAGACGUUUCGUAGAAGGUUUGUAUCAGGCUCUCUUUUUGUUUCGCCUUACCCGCCAGAAUGUUAUUUACAAAACAAAAUGAAAAUUAAGCCUGAUCUCAGGUUAAUUACCUGUGGUCUCAAUCAACAAAAAUGCAAAACAAGAGGCCAAUAUUCAGCCAUCUUGACCAGAAAAGCUUGGUCAAUAAAGAAUUUAUUGUAUGGCCAAAAAGGGAAUGUUUACUUGCGGGACCAACACUUGAAAUCGCGAGCAGGCAAAAUGGGCCCAUCUUGUCUGCUUGGGCAGCCAAUCAGAAUGCAGGAUUUGCUUUAUCUUGCCCGCCAGCGGAUUUAGCCAUAUAAUGAAAAGAUUUAGUGGACGAUUGCGAGAGGUGGUCGCUGACAAGAAUUGAGUAACAGGGGGUCCCUUCCGACAAGAGGUCCUGAAACAUCUAGGGGACUGAUCGUUUAUUACAUCCCAGGGAGGGGUGGGGGUUUUCAGAAAAGUAAUAAUUACAUAUAAAAAUUGUACCCCCCUUGUACCGUCCUUGUGCUCCUAUGCAGAAUUGCAAGAGAGCUCAAUCUCUCGUCUGUCAUGGUCCUUCGUGAAGGAGUUUGCAGUCUCUUCAUACCGCUGAAGCUACGCUCAGCUGUGUUUGUUGACACAGGAUAAGUCAACAAAAUUAUGAGAGCCGUGACAUAUACUCCAGGAUAGAAUUGGAGUUGACUUGGUCAAAUUCUCAGCCAAGGUCUGUGGCUUCACAUUUGGAUCCAUUUCACUCCACUUAAUCCAUAAAAGGAUAAAGGAAAUCCUAACACAAAAACACCAGUAUAAUGCAAAAUAUUUAUCCCGAUUUAAUGAUAAAAAUGCUUGCAGGAAAUAAAAAAGGUCUAUAUAUUUUUUCCAGAUUUCUGUUGUAUGCAUAGGCAUAUGUGCAAACAUUCACCCUACAUUCCUGAUAGGAGAAAUAGCUGAUAGGUCCUGGGCCGAGCUUUAUAUGGGUAACAUUUUGUUGCUGACAAAGAACCGCCAAAGUGUAUUUUUCGUCUUCUUUUCAAGGAAAUGUGGAUUUGCUUCAAUCAUGAUGAUAUAGUUUGAGAAAAUUGUACCCCCCCACCACAAUGUAAUAAACGAUUGGUCUCUAAUUUUUGGAAGAUAAUUUAUUGCAUGCAAUUAAUUUUGUUAGUUACGUACAAGAGUUCCAUGUUAUCAGUGAAAAAUGUUGCUAUACUUUGUGUGGCAUAGUACAUUACAUCAAACAAAGAUCACAUCAUUUGUCAAGUGGUCACUUAAAAAAAGGUUAAAAGCAAUGAAAAGUAAUAAUAGUUUUAUUUUUUAGUCUAUUAAGAUAACAAUAAGUCAUUUAAAUAUCCACACUUGUUUUAUAAUAUCAUUUCACUGAAAUCAUAGAUCAGUGUAUCAUUGCAGCCAUAGAAAAAAGUAACUACAAAAAUGAUGGCGCUGGAUUGACGUAAGAUUUAUGAAUCUAAACUUGUGGUCAUCGUGGGUAUUCAUUAUUUUGACUUCACAGAAUUAAAGAUCUCUGUUGUGUCUUUGUUUUUCUACAGUUUCCUUGGUCACGAGUAUACAUAUUGUCAUUAUGAUGACACAUAACCUACUAUGAUGGAAAACAAAUCUGAUGAAGGCAGUGAAAAUGCCAGGGAAUCUGUUAUUUAUGAUGAUCUAAUAUCAGAAGGCGAAUUAAAUAAAGAGAGCUUUACUGUUACAAAAGAUGCUUCUCAAGAGGCUGACAGUAAUGAAUGCAAGGGAGCAGGUCUAAAUAAUAAUGACCAAAAAGCUCUAGAAUCAGAAACAAGACAGAGUGAAAAGAAAGAAAAGACUGGGUACAGUAAUGCUGGAAAAAAGGAUGCACCGCCAAGGAAAGAACCAGAGCAAGAUAUCUCUCAUUGUAAAACUGUUAAGGAAUCAUCUGAAGACCAGAGAAGAAAAAUCCGUAAGGACAGCAAUGACAAGGAGCUUUGGACCCCAGUGAAAAGUGAGCUGAAGGAUAGCAAAGGUGAUGAAAGAAAGAUUGAGACAGAAGUGGUACAGGAACUUCUUGAUGAUAAACCUUCAAAGCCACCAAGACGACCUCCUCAAAAGAAACCCGAGCAAAUAAAGAAGGAUGUGAGAGAGAGGGGAGAAUAUGAAGAGGAAGGAUCACCUCUUCACAGUCCUGAUCCUGUAAAACCUCCUAGAAGACGUCUUCCACAAUCUCCAACACAACAUGUGAAGCCAGACACAGUCAUUUCAGGAACAUUACCAUCAGAAGGUAAUGUUACAACUAGUGAUUUACUUUCAGAAACUGAUGAUGGCUUAGGGCAAACACCAAGAGAAAUUGUUUGCAAGCCUGUGCUGACAUCAAGCCCAAACCAAGAGGUAAUCCCCAGUUUGACUGUGGAGAGAAUUGAUGCACUUGACACUAGUCGUAGAACCCUUUCAUACAUUGACGUAUCAUCAGGGAAAGGAAAAACCAAACGGGUGGAAUCAUUUUAUGAUUUUCUGUACUCUCGGGAUGAUUCCAUUGCCAAUGUGACAUCUCCAGUUUUGAAUGAUGGUGAUAGAGCUGGAAGUGUAUCACACUCUGAGGAGCAUCCCUAUGAUGCAGUGCAUACUGAAGACAGUAUAACAGACACUGUCAGUGAAAAAAGCUAUACAGGAAGUACAUAUGAAGAAGUUAUUGUCAACCAAGGUAGGAAAUAUUUAUAAAGUCAGUUAUAGAAUCAAGUGAAUAUAUACAAAAGUAUUGUUGAAAAGAUAAAACAAAAUUUACCUGUUUUAAUAUUGACAAAUAACAAUAGAGUGAUUUUACUUUGGUAAAAUUGGUAGUAGAAUACAACACACUAUUAUGCACUAAUUCUAUUGUCUUCUUUUGUUUACCUCUCACUAUUUUGCACUAUUUGUUAGUACCUGUUUCACAGUUCAAGUAAAAUUACUGUAUAUCUCCAGAAUGGCCUGUCUAUGAGCUACGUUUGCCUUGAAAUUUCAGGGUAUUUCAGUGAGUCAAUCUUAACGAAAGUUUCAGACAUUGUUAUGUACAUCAUGAAGAAUAUCUGAUGAGGUUUAAAAAGAAUUCUGUCAAGCCAUUCUAGAGAUAUACAAAAAAGUGCUAAAAGUCAAAAUUUAGAAUCAAGUUGCAUUUAGGCGGGUGGGGAGAACACAGGUUAGUUUUCAGAAUCGCAGGAAAGAAAAUACACCAGAAUUUGCAAGCAGUGAAAUAUGAUAUUAAGCAGCAUUCAUAUGAGUUAUUUAGAAUUUUUUAUUAAGCAAUUAAUCACAGCUAUUGGAAAUAUAGGGCUUAAAAUAUAUUUAUGUCUUACUAGAAUUCAAACAUACAGAACUUUUAAGUUCUCACAGAGGUUAUUUCCUUAACACCACUCUGAUGUCGGAUUUUCAGUUGCAGGUCUAGAUAGCGGAAAAUUUGACUUUAACAGUUUCAAUUUUUUUUGUUUAUUGUUGCCAUAGUGAUGUUGAUUUUACUUACAACUUCAUUUUGACAAACUUCAAUUCAAUGUCAGUCAGUGGUAAAAAAUUUAAUAGCGAUUGGACAAGGAUAAAAUCACUUUUAAGGGGAUGAAAAAGUAUCAGUAUGGUCCACGAAAAACUGUCUCAAAACACCGUACAUUAAUUCCUGAAAUAUUUCUUAUGUAAUGAAAACUUAAAUAAUGUUCAUUAUAACUGAAGACUUGCAUUCAACUUCAUCUUACUGGGACAUUCCUGUCAUAAUGAGUUCUAGUACACAUGUAUGAAUUCCAUGAAUUGAUGAACUGUCCAUGAAUUCUAUUGCUUGAAAGCGUCGAUUACUUUGGAACAAUUGAUUACUUCAGUGAUCGAAAAAGAGAACAAUCUUAAUGAGCAAAACUUUGAGGUAUACUGGAAAACCAGGAGCGAGGAUGGAGGAUCGAGAAUCUCGGAUUGGGAUCGAGGAUUGGUUAAAAAAACUUGAAAAUAAAAUAAACAAAUAGAUCUUGGUGAUGUGGGCCACAAACUGUACAUAAAUUUCACAAAACAUAUCCAGGGGGGGGGGGUACUCGGGAUUUCAAGUGACGGGGAUGAUCAAAUGGAGCCAAAAGUCAAUACUCAAAAAAUUCCCUAGGGCUUCCAGCAAAACCCAAAAAAAUCCCUGGACCAAAAAUUAACCCCCAAAAAACCCCAUGCCAAUUUUAAUUUGCGGCCCUCAAAAGUUCCAGAAAGGGGUAAUGCUAUAACACAAAGAAAAACGUGGGAAACUGAACACUCGUGUUUUUUUUCAUCAUACCAUCUGAAUAUAUCCUUUCCCUCAUCUGGCAGUCAUUUUAAAAAGGUAGAGCGGGUGCAAGAGACACCCAAGAACGGUUUUGUUUCAACAGCAACAUUAUGAAUGACGCUAAACAAGACCAACCUGAACAUCACAUUUCAAACCCACAAGUCACAAGUGAAAGAAAUCAAAAGUUCACUAAAGCAAAAGGGAUUCCAGGGACGGUAAAGCCAAUUGACUGAAUUGAAGCAGUUGAAGUCUUGUACACGACCGGGCACCACUGGACAAUGCAGACUAUUGUAUAACACGUGCGAUGUAAAGCGACACCAUAGUUAACUAUUAAACGACAGCAAAACACGUUUGUUUGUACUUUAUUCGCAGAACUACGCGGCCAGGGCACUACCGAUUCUUUUUAAUACCCCCAAAAAAUGGCUACUCAGAUCAAGCUACCCAAGCCAAAUUUUCGUACCCAAAAAAAUCCCGGAAUCGAAAAUUUCAAACCCAAAAAAAUCCUUCGAUCAUCCCCGUCACUUGAAAUCCCGAGUACCCCCCCUGAGAAAACAUAACCCAACUCGCUGUACUAAACACUACUCUGAGUCUGACUGGGUCAGUGAUUGUUUUGAUGAGAAAGUGAAAUUUUUUUGGAAAAUGAAACCCUUUAUCCCAGUGAUACUGUGAUAAAAUGCACGCUAUGUACAGCUCUUAACAUUGUACUCUGAGAUCACAUAAACAUCAACUGAAUGAAGAUAUUAAAAGCAGAUACUUAUAAGCAACCAAGGAAAAUGAUUACUUUCAUGCAAUUAACUGUCUGUUGUAUAAGGUUCUGCUAAACUUAAACAUUUUUCUUAUGCUGAACAAAAACUGUACCAAGCCAUAUCUUGUCUGCUACAUAGAAGCUAUAUAUAUUUAUACUGAUAAAAAUCAUUGUUCAAUUUUUUAAGUGUAAAAUCCGCGAAAGAGUUCUCCUCACUGAAGCAAUAUCAGUAUGCAGAAGGUUUUCAACGGCUUCACACCGGUGUGAAGCUAAGAUGUGCAGCCUGUCUCUCCUUGCAAAUUUUAAGUUUUGAGUAUUUACAUUAUGACAUUUAACAUUUGUUUUGUAUUCCAAAUGAAAAAGUAGCAUAACAGCACCAGCUGACAAUAAAAUUUUUUUCCAAGCAAGCGAGACUCAACGCUACUAAGAGUGUUUUUGUUACUGAGAAGAACAGUGAUCCUAACAAGAUAUUUAUGGAAAGAGUGCUUGGUGAGCGAGUUUGUUUUAAUAAAAACUCAAAGAUGUUAUCAAAAUCCCCAAAGCCAAAUGUUUUAAUAAAUAAUUUUCAGUGUCCUUAAAACCUUUUGAAGAAUACUAAUUUUAUUGAACUGGACGUACUUAUCAAAAGCCUUCAAUAAAGUUGACAGUGAUGUUCAUUGCACCUACUUUGCAGUUAUGAAAUUUUCUAACAGAGUGGAUGCAAAAUCUUGUGUAUUUGAAGUAAACUGAUCAACUAUGUUCAGUGGAUAAUUACUUAUCGGGACGGGGCGUAGCUUUCUGCACAAAGACUGUCCAUGCAUUUUAAGGAAGUUAAAUCGGUUUGAAAAAAGAUGACUUGAAAGGUAAAGUUUAUUGACAAAUUUAGGUUACAUUAUUUGUCAAUAUCUUUGAUCACAACUGUGUGAGAGUACAAAAACAUGCACACAGUUGAACACAGAGUUUUGUACAGGCGAUAAUACUGAGCAGUUUAAACUCCAUUUUACAGAUACACACAAGUGAAAAAGAAUAUUAAGAAGUAUAAAAUUACUGAAUGUAAUAUUAAAAAGGAUUCGAUUAUUGACAUUUUGACACAAUUUACCAUUUUCUAGAUAUAUGCUUCCUUCUCAUGUCUUCUUUUAAGUUGCAUGCAUUGCUUCAUGGCUUUUUUUAAUUUUGCUGUUAGUACGACCAGCUCUUUCCUUAGUUUUGUUAAUUGAAACAGGUAUCCUUUAGCUUACCCGUCGUGUUCGAGCUUUUAAUGUUUAUCGUUUUUCAGCAACUGAGCUGCAAUUUACUGAUGUUUGUUUGUGUUUUUUUGCCAAGAAAUUCCCCGUAUUAGCUUUGCAAUCAUGCUGUGAAGUCUGUUGUCCCAGGGCCAUCAGGGAAUACAAAUAUCGUCUACUUCUUCUCAGUUGCCUAUGCUGAAAAUUCAUUGGUAACUUUGUUCCCUCUAAAAACAUUUAGAAUACCAUAUGUUAAUAAAUGGCAUUAUUUUGCCGUAAAGUAGACUGCUUAAGUUCACAUCGAACUUAUGAGUAGAUCCAGCUAUUAGUGUGGACCUAAUGUAAUAAUGGUUAGUACUGGUAAUACUAUUGCAAUGUCUUGUGUGUUCCAUAGAGGCAUAUGUCAUGCCCUCACACGAUGAUGAAAGUGAUGAAUUCUCUGAUGGUACUGAUCCUUGGGGUUCAGACUUUGAAACUGAAGAUGACAUGACAGAUGUAGCAAGCCUAAGAACAUCACAGGGUGACUUAAAGGAUGAGGAGGAAGAAGAUCCCUAUGAUUCUGUGGAAAUUAGUCCCAUGACGGAAAGAAAAAGACCGGUAAUAGGCCUCUUGCAAUAGCUGAUCACGUGACUAACUCUUUGCAAAUACAAAAACUGUUCUUUUUGUUAACUUAAAAAGAUUUAGCAGAAACUGAAAGAGAAUACAAAAUUUAGGUAACUUGUAAAUUUUCAGCCGUAUAUCUCAAAAGUAGUGAUUGCAACAGCUGCUGAAAAUUAGAAGGAUCUGUAUGGAAAAAACAGCUCUUGCCACCCAUUCACAGCAGAGUAGUUUUUAUAGAAGUCCUUGUAAACAGAGUUCUUAAGUGAUUACGUCAUAAAAACUAAAUUUUUAAAAUGACGGGAUUUGUCAGAUAUUUCGAAAGAAAACAUCUGAAAGGCCUACUUGCCAAAAACUAGCAUUGUGGGGCAAAUUGUCUCGGAGAUACUAGUCCCAUUUCGCUCUGAUGAUUCCCUACAAAUCCUUCUAAAUUUGACUCGGUUCCUAAUGUUAUGAACUGAGUCAAAUUUAGAAGGAUUUGUAUGGAGCCAUCAUAUGCAUUAGUAACAGAAGGGAGCAUAGUGCUUGACCUGUAAACAACAUUUUCAGAAAAUGUUUUGUUCUUUUUCACCAGAUAGUGACCAGAAUGUGGCUUAGCUAUCUUCAAACCGGUUUUUUUCCGCAAAAUUUUUUAGGCGCAGAUGGAUUAGCGCGUUGCCCAUGGUUUCAUAAAUAUUUGACCCCAUUUUUGUUUUUAUUAUUUCAUCAACUUUGUCUAAGAUAAUGGUACUUGCAGAAGUAUGAAGGUAACUGUCGGUUUAACAUUAUUGUGGGGAAAAAUUGAUUUGUAAAUUUAUCACCAAUUGCAGCAUUAAUUAUUUUUAUCAUUUUUUGUUGUCAUUUUAACGUUUAGUUUAGGUUUGUGUCUGAGAUUACAAAUUUUUCACCGUUCAAACGACCAUCAGGAUCCCUUGGAGUUCCUGGACUGAAGGGGCACCUGAAAGGAUGUCUUGGAUUAAACAAAGCAUCUAGUCAGCCUUAUUUACCUAGCACUAAAACCCAGAAAGGUAAUGUAAUUUUUACCCUUAAGUGCAGUAGUUUCCAGCCAGCUUAAUUAGUGAAACAAAUAUUAGGAUGCUUGGUAUAUAUUAUGUUACAAGUCAAAAUUAAAUUCAGGUUAUUAAUUCUCUUUCUCUUUUCUCUCCUGGUCCUAAUUAUUCAUGAAUACAGACUCCUACCUUUAUUCCAAAUUCAUAUGGUAACAAUAAUUUCUACCAAUUUAUUUUCAGAUGAUGAAACGGAUGGUGUCUAUGUAGACCCAGACAUCACAGACUCAGUUAACUAUCAACAGCCAGUAAUGCCACCCAUGCCUAGUGAACUUUCCACUGAUCAGGUAUAUAGUGCAUAUAUAUGGAGGCAAAUGCAUGCAGGCUUUUUAAGAAUGAUUGUGUUGUUAGGGAAGGGAGCUAGCACGAGUAUGAAUAUAACAGAUACGUGGUGUGGACCUUUCAAGCCACAUAGAUAACAAUAGUAACUGCUGUGACUUGUGUAAAUUUUGAGUCAUGUACAUUUGUAUAUAGUUUUAGGUUUAAGAUAAGAUCAUUAAUUUAAAAGUCACGUAAUAGAUUAGUGUGCUAGUACGUAGGAAAGUGUCCCCAAUUAGCUAACUGUUGAGCUAAAUACAUUGACGCUAAAAUAAAGUCAUUAUUAUUAUUAUUAUUACUAUUAUUAUUUCUAUUAUUAUUAUUAUUAAUACUAUAACUUUUUUUCUCUUAGUGUGGUACUUGUGCCAUUAACAGCAGCACUGCAAAUAUGGAAUAAUUACAUCAAUCAUACUUUUACAUUCAGACUCAUUCAGUCAUUUAAACAGUCAACAGUAAAUAGCAUUUUGUCCACUUUUAAGACUUGAAAAUGGAGUUACACUUUCGUUCUGCCCAACUUUAGAUCAAGAGAUAUCAGAUUGUUAAAUUCAUGCUGGAGAGUGAGGGAGACUACAUGAGACUGUUGGAUCAACUCAGUAAGGUCAGUUAUAAACAUGCUGAUCAGCACUCACUUGUAUUUUCUUCGACGAAUAGCAAAUAAAAAAACUUAAGGAGUAUUUUUCAUCACCAACUUUUACAUUUUCAUGCAAGUGUAAGAAUGAUAUCUCAUGUCUUUCUUUUUGUUUUUAUAGCAAUAUGAGUUGCCAAUCAGAGAGCGAGAUCUUCUUGAACCAAACAAGAUUGAAAUAAUAUUCCAACAUGUUCAGCGUGUACUGCAAUGUCAUGCUAUGUUUAAUAUUGCAUUAAGUGCAAGAAUGGCAGACUGGACUCCUAAUGAUAUGAUAGGUGACAUUCUGUAUGCUUUGGUGAGUUAUAUUAUUGUUUAUAGUGAAACUGUCAUAUUUGAAAAAGUUAUUGGGCUUCAAGACUGCAAAAUAAAAUUUGGGAUUUGUCUUACAUUAUGGCUGCUCAAACUGGGGCACUGGGAAGAAGAUUAUCCAAUCACAGCAUUUUUUGAAAAAAAAAAUUCUCAAGUCUUUUUACAAACGCACCAAUAAAUCUAAAAGGCAGGAAACUGAACACAAAACUCUCACACCUCUGCCCGUGGCUUUUGACUUAACAUAUUAUUUUACUCACAUGUUAAAAACAUUGUCAUGAUUCUGAUUGGAUAUACCGUAUUUCCUUGAAUAAUAAGCUGGGGACGAUUAUUUCUUUUUUCGUUUCAAAAGGGGGCAAUUAAUCGAGGAAGGCAAUUAUUUCAAAUGCUGCUCACUAAAAGUUGCGUGUCCUAAUUAUUUUGUUUUAUUAUCCCAUCAUAUCAAAAAAUAUCCCUUCAAAUAAACUGAACAUGGGCUUUCAAAGUGUCCCAAAUCGGGUUGCUUGAUUAAUUUUCAGAGCUUGAAUCAUCAUUGAUCAGUUUUGCUGGAUCAGAGUCCACUUCCACUUGACAGGAAGAGGAUAAAAGAAAGAGAAAAUGGCGAGAGGGUUUGGGGGGGUGGGGCGAUUAUUCAAGGAGGCGAUUAUUUCAAAUAUUUCCAUCAUAGGGGGCAAUUAUUUGAGGGAUGCGAUUAAUCGAGGGAUGGCUAUUAUUCGAGGAAAUACGGUAUCCUUUUCCUUGUGUGCAAAAAAUACUGUUCCCUCCUCUGAAUGGCUAUAACUCAUUGACAUAAUUAUGAAAAUUUUCAACAGAGCUUUUCAGUGAGUAUAUGUCAUUAUGUAUAUAAUAAUUUCCUUUUCUUUAUUUCAGUUUUGCAAGUCCAUGGUACUUGAUGCAUAUAGUGGAUAUGUGAACAAUUUUCCCAAAGCUAUGGAUACUGUGAAACUUGCUUGCAGAACACAUCUUGCAUUUGCACAAUUUUUAAAAGUAAGAUGUUCAGAGUACAAUGAAAUGUACCUUGCCACAGUUCCACCUUAUUAUUACAACCAAUGAUUACUUUUUAAAAAUCCCCAGUCAUCAUAUUCUGAGCAAUUUUUCCCAUUGAUAAUCAAACAAAGAACUUUGUUUGAUUACUAAUGUCAACAGUUUUGAGGCGCAUCUAAGACUUAUCUUUUUUGAACUGUAUAUCAGUGAUGAAUUUUAUUUUAUUUACUUACUUUGCAUGCGUAUAAUUAUACUUUUUUUCAUUAUUGUUUGACUGUUUCAUGUAGACUAAUGCGCAGCUGAUCAUUCUUAAAGGGACACAGUCAGCUGAUGCACAUGCGCAUUUCAUAUCAUUUCUUAGCUGAUUUGUAUAUCACAAGACACGCACAUGAAACAGAAAGUGAGGAGCACAUCCCAAAUACUCUAAACAAAACUAUCUAGUAGAGUUGAACUAGUUACAAGCCAAAAUCAUGAUUAUAGUCCCUAUGCCAUAUCAGAGCACAUACAUUUGAUUUCAGAUUGAGGUAAACGCUUUUCAAACUGACAAAGGUAGUGUCCAGGUCAGCGUGGUCCUUUAACUGACUGUGUCCCAGUUUAAAUGUUAAGUUGUACAAAUUAACUUCAUAAAUUAUUAUUAUUGUUAUUGUUAUUAUUAUUAUUAUUAAACACAGUCCACUCAUGUUAUUGCAGUCACUCUGGGGGCCUGUCCUUUCUAGUGAGAGUGCCUAAUACAUGCAGUUGACACCUCGGACACCUCGCUAUUGCGGACAUCCUGCUUAUGUGGACAAGAGCCAGCCCCCCGGCGAAACGCAUAGAGAAAUGACUGAAACAAACUCCUGCUACUACAGACUCUCUUUAUUACGGAAAUGCGGACACUUUCCUGCCCCCAAGCGCGACAUUUCUUUGUUUUUUCUCUCACUAUGGCAGAUACUUGAGUAUACUUCAUCAAAUAUCCUGACUCACAUAACAUGAAGAAUAACACGACAUUACAAUAAAGGAAAAUAUGACACAAAGUGCUAGCGACUCCUUCUUUGUGAAAGAGUAAAGAAAUGACUGCUCUACAGUAUUUUAGGGAGAAAAGACAUUGCCAUUAGAGCUUACAAACAUUUUGCAUUAUGAAGUUUACUGUGCAGCAUUUCUGCGAUAAAAGAGCUGCCAAAAACAAUAAAAAACAAUAUAUUUGACAGCAAGUUAACAUUUUAGCCAUUCACGUUACUGGAGCAGUUUCCGUUUGGUUUUUAAAGCCCUUUCUUAUGUAUCCCUUGUCAUUGCAGGAGCUUGGAAGUGACAAUACAGCAUAUUUACAAUACUAUUUACAAUCUUAUUAUCUUUAAUCUCUUAUGAUCCAUAAUUAACAGGAGUAAAGAAUUGUUAAACUACAAUGUCUCUGGGACUUUUACAUAUUAUUUCAUAAGCUUCAAGAGAAAACAAUUUUUUUUCUUUCGUACCCUGCUACUACGGACUCUCACUAUUAUGGACACUAAAUCUUUCCCCCGAAGGUGUCCGCAAUAAUGAAAGUCAACUGUAGCUGGAGUUUAUUUCGGUCAAACAUCUGUCAUAUAUUUUUUAUCAGGGAUUCACCAUUUUUACCUUGUCCUUUUUACAUACCAGCUCUUGUUAAUUUGACUUGAUUUCCAGCAGUCCCUCAGGUUUGUUGGGCAGGCGAGCAUGUUGAGUACAAGCCAAAAAAAUACAGUAAAACCCCGCAACUAAAAGCCUGGAUUUUUCCAAGUUAGCUUAAACAGGUUCUUAUAUAAAUGGUAGUUGGCACACCUUCAGGCUAUGUAGGUUCUUAAAUAGGUUCUUAGUUUCCAAAGAAAAAAGGUACAAUAUAGCUAAGAGUAUUUGGUGGUUCAAUUGACAUAUCUUAUAUUUGUCUGCCAAGUUUUUCAUAGAUUUUAGAAAGUAAGAACCUGUUUCAAAUUUUGGGCUAAAAAGGUUCUUAAAUAGAGGUGGCUUAACUGGCAAAUUUUAGCCUAACAGGUUCUUAAAAUCCAGGUUCUUAGUUGCGGGGUUUUACUGUAUGGCCAAUGCAUUCACGAGUCCUGCCAAGUCUGAGUGACUAAGAAGCCAGGUCUGCUUUCAGUCUAAAAUUUGCUUGGGUGUUAGACUUCGAGUAUAGGAACACAUUUUGAAUUACUGUAAAGUCACAUUUCUUUAAGGCUAAAAAAUACUUCACCGUUCCUUACAGUCUCGUAGACAGUCCAGCCCUAAUAGCGUCUCACUUCACCAUUUGAUGUUAAAACCAAUCCAGAGAUUUCCACAGAUAUUAGCGCUUCUCCAGGUAAGCAAUAAAUUAAACGCUAAGUAAUAUCAUUUUCAUUAUUGUUAUUUUUGAAUUUUAUCAUUAACUGACAGUCAUGAUCGUAUUGAGUUGUUAUCAGGCCCUGAACGUAGUUAUAUGUGUAAAUGAUCUGCCUUCUCUGCCAUCCUUGCUCUUGGAAAGUGUAUGUGUUGUCAUAUGAAGGAAUCUUACAAUCUUUCCAUAUUUAUUGCAUUCUCUUUGACAGCAGUACCUUGGACUAGACAGGUGAAGUAUAAUAUCCAAACCCAAAGGAAUAGAUUUCCAACCACCUUUCUAUGAGGAUCUGUAGAAUACUGGUAUAUUAAGUGCAUUGUUAAGAGAUGUUCACUGGAGUGCUUGUUUUUAUUUUUAGGAAUUGCUGUUGGUGACUCCUAAAGAUCACCCAGAUCGUGUCCCACUGCAGCUUGCUUUGACACAGUUGGAAUGUCUGGCAGAGAAUUUAAGAGAAAGGAAAAGGGAAGCGGAACUUAGGAAUAAGGUGAAACUUCUAGAUGGGCUGAUAGCACAGAGCCACAAGGUAAAUUAUAUGCUAAUUAUUAGAAUAUAUUCUCCCCUGAUUUGAGCAAAUUUUUGCUGAUCCAGUUAACUCUCAUCUACCCUGGGUGCCAGAGACUUCAUGGGUGGUUUCCGGUUUCACUGAAGUCUUAACUCUCACCUCAGAUGUUAUGAUAUUGCAGGAGAACACUCUGAUUAUACUGACAUUAGCAGCAAAAGUUACAUUAAUUUUAAUUGCGAAAAAAAACUCCCACUGUGAUUCUAAGUAUUAGGGACUCCUUUUAGGGCUGAACAUUUCAAUUUUAUUGUGCAACUAACUCUUUUUAUAAUGGACACUGAGGUGAGUGAGGAGCACUUGAGACACACCUAAGGUCUACUUCAUCAAUCCACAACUAUACCCUAAAUGACAGACUUGUUCCGGGGUUUAACUUAAAUUUCUAGUUCAUAUAAAGAAAGGCUCAAAGAUUAACUAGUUGAUCAAUGUUUUGAUGUCGUUGUUUCUCAGAGUGACAGAAAAAGACGUGAAAAGGAAAAUCUAAAACAUAUGUGCGAGGAAUAAUGUUGUAGUCACUAGUUAAGGAUGUUGAUUGUUUUCUCUCUUCAUGUAGUCUCUGAUGUCAGGAAAUCGGUAUUUUGUCAGGCAGGAUGACUUUGUUCAGUGUGUAAGUACAUUUUAUGUUUGAGCAGGGUAUUAACUUUGAACAAUGUUGUUAGUUAACAGAACAAGCAGGCUAUCUGUAAUAUUGUAGAGAAUUGUGAAUUGUAUGGUAAAAACCAGUGUCUAAACGCAUCAGAAAUGACUCAAAAAAGGUGAGUGAAGAAAGGUUGGAAACGUUUGUCAAUUUGUCUGACAAUCACGCCAACUACUUUGCACAUGUGACGAGUUUUCCAUACAAAAACUAACGCGUCACUUCGUUUUUCGGCAACUACGUUUUGUGUCUUAAGAUUUAGACAAAAUUUGCUGGCCUGUAAGGUCUUACACUGCAUUAACGUGUGUUUCUGAAGAAAUCAUAUUUACUUCCCUUUAUAGUCUCUAAUCGACGACAAAAUUACUGAGACACUGUCCUCUGAUGGAGUAACUUCGGAGAACAAAACAAUCCACACCCCUCACCCUCUCCUCCCUAGUUCAAAGGUGGGGUGUUUGUUGUUUUCUACAGGAAGCUCGAGCAGCGGCAAAAAUUCGCAAGAAGGGUUUGGGGGUGGGGGAGGGAAGUUUAUGUUCCCCUUUUUAAAAAAUGGCAAAAUGUCAGAAAGGCCCUUUAGGGCAAAGUGUCUCAACUAAUGUUGCCUCAGGUUGUAGAUAUUCCCUCCAUUUUUAGGUGCGAUUUGGUCAUUAGUGGAUCGAAAUUAAGCGUUGACGUCGUUUUUCUAGAUUUUUAACGGGCCGAGCUUCGUUAGAAACAAACCCUGACCCCAUGCAAACUGUAAAGCCGCUUCUUCUUUGUUAAAUUAUCAUGAUUUUUUCUGUCUGUCAUUUGCUUGGCCAGCAGUAGACAAUCACAGAAAAGAAAUCACAGCUUGGGAACGAUGUUGAGGACAUCGUGACUCGAGUUAAAUACUAAUAAGGAGAGCUACAAUAGAAAAUAAACAGACUACUUCUACCGCUUCUUAACAGUCUACUUCUUUGAUUUCCUCACCUAGUACGCUUCUGCUGCCUGUUAUUAUAGUUCUUUGUUAGCAUGAAUUUUUAUAGUAAUUACCUUUAUGGUAGUUAAUUUAAAAGUACUUAGUCAAAUCCAUAGAGAAGCAGCAAUUCUAAGCAAACUCAUCCCAGUACUGACAUGAGUGGAUACAUUUACAUGUUAAUAUAGAGGAGUAGGCGAGCGAUCACGAACACAGUUGACUUAUCAAGUACAGAUGCUUAAGAAACACAUGUCCGGCACAGCUGUGCCAGGUCAAUGUUAGCUGCUUAUACUCACCAGAUGAUUCUACUUACUAUUACUGCAUACUACACAGACUGUUGAAGGGGAAUCUAUCCUUGGAACAAAGAAACGCCGAAUCAUUAUGCUGUCUGACAUGUUACUGUGUGUAUCCCUCAUUAAAGGGUAAGCGAUGUUCACAGUCAUAUCAUUGGAAAGAGUUUUCUGGCUACUUCAUACAGAGCCCUGUAUAGGCAGUAAAUUUAUCGCUUUUGUCUCGCUUGUUGUGGGGGACUGUGCGAAACAAAGAGUUUUAUAAGCGUAGCCAGCAGUCAAGAGAUCUCACGUAACUAUGUGGAUAAAAAGCUAAAAUUGAGUAACGAGUCAAAUAGUCUAUGAAAUUUGUCAGCUCACAUGAAAUAAUUUGUACAUAUUUCAGCAGGACGUGGUAUUUUGUCGUUGAGUUUUGUUUUGUUUGUAUUUUUACUUUGCCUGAGUUGGCAGUUUUAACUUUUGUAAUAUAAUUGUAAGUGCAGAAUAUGUAACCAUUUUGACUACGCUAGUUAGUACCCAGUAUAUAUGUGGUAGAAAAUAUUUUCAAGUCUAGAAGGCGUCUUGGGCGCUGACUACUAAGAAUGCGGUGACACAUUAAUUUAGGAUUGGAAGAGAGGUGUUUUGUAGCAGUCAUAUAUUCUGCAGAUGUACCGACCAAAAAACAAUGAAGUGAUAUUAUUGUUUUAGCAAAAAAGAUCGCGCUAUGCACAUGGUUAUUGACCCCAAAGCAAAGUACAAGCUGAAAUGGAAUGUGCCACUGAAUGAUGUUGAUAUCAUUGAAUAUGGCCCAGGAGUUAACAUACUUACCAACUCCUACAGAACCACGAUAAGCCACUCCAAAGAAGGUUUGUAUAUUACCAACAAUAUAUUCUCUCACUGUGAAGUAACGAGUGUUAACUUUUUCACCUUUAGAGUGAAUGAUGGAGUCUUGUAAGAAAUCUGGUAAUUUCUUUUAAUUUUGAUUUGGGCCACUUCCGGGAGUGAGAGGGUUAAAAACAGAAAGCUAAAAAAUAGUAGGAGUCUAAAAGCUAACAAAGUAUAAUGGUCGAGUAAUAUGAAAAUCCGCUCUUUUGAUAUCUUGUGCAUGUGCCAUUACCUUGGAUUCCCUGUGUAAGUUAGCUGGCCGUAGUUGUGCAAAGGGGAAAUAACGCUAGUCACUGGAUAAAUCUCUGUCCAGUGCAUAACACAAUUGGUUUUCCUCAUACUUAUCCGCUGGACAGUGAUUUAUCCGAUGGGUAGCGCUAUCCAACGUUUCAACAACCGAGACCUGGUGUCUUUUUUACGUGGCGAUAUUUUCAGCUUGAUGGGUUGACCAUUUUCUUAGUUGACUUGUAUUUUAGCAGUGAUCCAGUCGUAUCAUUCAGUGUUCGUUUCGAGCCAUGCUUAUUUCAUUUUCUGUUUUCAGAGCGUUCUUUUGCUUAACUUGUUACUCGUUAGUUUUCUCCCAAGCGCCAGUCCGUAAUUGUUUCAGUUAAUAUUUUGGACUACUGUGAUGAAUGUGGUAUUUUGCUGCCGCACAGGUCAGUAUCGAAAGGCCUACAGUGGCUGCCGUGAACACUUUGAAGACCUUCAGCAGGAUUUGGCUGUGAUUGGUCAAAUAGCAGGCCUCGUUUCUACGCUACGUCGUUCAUACAGGGCAAGUGUUUUUAUAUAGUGAGGUAUCACUGUUCCCGGCAACUUACAACCGUAAGAAGCAUUUUUCAUUUGAGUUGGUGGUAUCCUUGGAAGCAGCGUUUCAAUUUAUAUUCUGAUCUUGACAGGUUUUGGAUGUUGAAUCAGUUCAAAAGUGGCAUAAAGCUGUUCAAAGGACGAUAGAAGAAGAAACAAGACUCGCAAAUCUCUACUGGCUGGAGCUUUCAUUGCCCUCUAAGUAAGUCAACCAAAGUGAUGAGAUGAAACUCAGUGUAGUAUUGACCACCUGUAGCUGUCAUUUCUAUCUGUGAAAUUCUAUUCGAUUUGGUCUUCACGCCCCUUAAAAAUAACUUGUCCAGGACGUUGAGACAUGGUUUUCAAGUCCUAGGCAAGUCAGUUGUCGCUUUAGUAUGCUCCCCUUGUUUGGCGCGCAUUUGACGCAAUUACACAGGGUCCAGAGGAGUUUCAUGUGAAUAAAUGAAUUACUUACCUUGAAAAAUGUCUAUACCUGUCGCUUAGCACGAUUAAUUAGCCCAAUGGGAUCUUUAUAAAUCUACUGUAAACGAUUUCUUCGCUUCUUAUCUGACCCAGAUCGACUUUUGAAAAUCAAUAACCGCAAGCCAUAUCCUCGCUGGCGCACGGCACGUCGCCCGAAGGGUGACCGAAGGCUGUCGCCCGGAGGACGACCGAGGCACGAAGUGCCGAGUAAAAGAAAGGACAAGGGAGGAAACUUGUACCACGUGACUUCGUUCUAUGUGAACCGCGGCACUCGGUGACGGAAGUCGGAAUGAGACCGGAAACGCAAAAGCAACAGACCGCUGCUAAUUCGAGAAUCAAAACAUCAGCUGCGGAGAGAGUUUUAAAGAUCUCAGAGAUCUAUGCGAAAACAACAGAGUUUUAAUUGAAGUGAAGAUCUUUCAAGACUGGACAUUUGUUGUACGUUUCAACAGUCUUCGAUGUCUUAAGCAGGUUUUGUUUGUGCGAAGGCUUCCCAGCACAGGGUCCAGAGGAGUUUCGUGUGAAUAAAUGAAUUACUUACCUUUAAAAAUUGUCUAUACCUGUCGCUUAGCACGAUUAAUUAGCCCAGUGGGAUCUUUAUAAAUCUACUGUAAACGAUUUCUUCGCGUCUUAUCUGACCCAGAUCGACUUUUGAAAAUCAAUAACCGCAAGCCAUAUCCUCGCUGGCGCACGGCACGUCGCCCGAAGGGUGACCGAAGGCCGUAAGCCAAUCUUGCGAGCCCUCAGUCUCUUGGUUUGCGGUCUAUAGAAUCUGUAACGAGACCGUAACGCGAUCAAAAUAACCCAUUUUUUCAGAGGUUUCCGACGGGUUCUGAUGUUCUAACGACAAACCCAUCUCCUCUGGACCCUGUGGCAAUUAUUCGUUACGUACACCGAAUUCUUCCCUCACUCUUCUUAAAGGGGCUAUCAGUGUCAUGAGGAUAUUACUGGUGCCAUCAGUAUACCCAUACACAAAAUGCUUCUGCACAGCUAGCUAUGAAGAACAUAUCAAACAAAUUUUACCAGGGAGCCGAUAACCAUAAUAAUUGUUUGGUGAUUUUAGUAAGCAUAGCAUUAAAACUUGAAAAACAGUUGGUUCAACUUUUUCAAUUUAUGUCCAUCCUUGCCCUCUGUGGCAACAGACGACAGGAAACAGUUUCAAUGUCUAAAUAUAGUCUUAAAUAACAAAACUGGACCGGCCAUUUCGUUUUGAACUGAUUCAAAUGAUACCAUUGGUUGAAUCAAAUUUCCCACGCGGCACGACCAAUCAGAAGCACUACCCAUAUCUGGGGAGUGACGCGUCAUCAGUAUGGAAUUUCUCCGCUCGUUUCUCAGACGUCAUUUCGCGGGGAAAUCAGUGGUGGCGUAGCGAAGUGUCGGCUGUUUUCUCAGGGUAGAAAUCUAACUGUGAUAAUUUGUUUCGGCAGGCAUGGCCACGUAAACUGCAUAUUUAGUACAGAUUCACCUGCAGUGAAAGCAGAAUGGGUGACUACUCUCAAUACGUCUAAGCUAAGACUCUGUAAGUAUGGAUUCAAAACAAUGUCUUGAUAACUAUUCUGUGAGCACUUAGAUGUUAUUAGUGGAAAGGUUGACCCUUCUUUGUGUUAUUUUACCCGCGGGUUAGCGGCAUCCCUUAAUAGAUGAGCAGGAAUGUCAAAUUAAAAACAAGAAGUAUCAACGAUAUUGAUUCACUCUUCAAAUAAUCCUUGUGUAUUUUUUCCGAGAAAAGCGGAGCAAAAAAGUAGGCCUUGUUUUGUCAGAUUUAAAGACACCCGUGAACAUAACAUUUUCUUUGUUUCUUCUUGUGAAUUGUUAAAAAAAAUGAAAACUCAUUGUAUUUGUGCGGCUAUACCUCUUCAGCUCCUCAAAAUAAUCCUGGUUGGUACCUCCCAGAGGAUGAUGGGACUGGCGGCGUGGCCGUUCAGCGGCGUAACAUGCCGCUGCUUAAAGACAACACCAGCUUAUUUGUACUCAGCCAGAAAACUAAGGUAAAUGAAUCAGUGACCAUUCAUUCUGCCAGGACUUCUAACGUUUUAAGUUGUAUUUUUCCUCAACUUUCAUGGAAAUGUGUCACUCGUUACCGUUGGCCAUCCUAGUUUAACCCUUGGCUACGGAUUGCUUUAUUUCAGUCUGAUCAAUAUGGAACGAUGCAGAUUAUGCAUUUCUGAACCUACUUAGUCUUCAGUUAAAUCGAUUCAGUUGGUACGUCACGAGUAUAAGAAGGAAAGAUUUUUGCACAGGUUACUCAUUUUGGAAAUUCUGACCAAUCCUGCAAGAGUUACGUACAAAAAAACCUACUUACAUCUUGGGGAAACAUCCACUGCCAACUUCGCUUUUAGUAAGAUGUCCUAUAACUCUUUCCAGGUAAAAUUUCAGAUUAAGUUAGCAAGAUUGAAACUUAUUUGUCGAAUUUUAUUCCUCUAGGUUCACAAUAUUGUCUGCGUCCCAGACAUGUCAGAUCCCCUUCCAGGCGUCCGUGACAACUAUGGCAUUCUGUGGCUUUUGUGCGGGGGAGGGGACCAUGCAGGUCAUGUGACUGUGGUUAAAGUGUCCUUAGCCUCCCCUCCUCAGGUUGUAGAGUCGUUCCAUGUGAGUGAUUCUAUCAUCAUGUGUGGCGAGUAUGUUGAACGGACUUGUGGUGAAGAAAAGAAGUUUAAAGGCCCCAUUACUGGAAGGUUUGGCUUUCCAUUUCCUACUGUCUGGUUAGGAACACAGGGCGGAAGGUAUGAUACACUAACAGCAUCCUACAUUUCACCGAGUUAUCAGAGGUCGAAAUAGAUUUCUUUUGACUUAUAACUAUUAAGAUCUGCGGAAAAGGUUUUAUCCGUUGCAUUGAAAGCAACAAAUGUAGCACUCGUGAAAAUCUUUGCUUUAAGAAAUUUGGAGUUUACAGGCUUUUAACUUUGUGCUGUAUUGGAUAAACAAAACUGAAUUCAUUGAGGAUAUUUUACUAACUCCGCUGUUUUCUAAUUAAUUAUUAUGAGGAUUUUUAUUUACAACGCUAUGGAUUCUACUCGUCGUUACGUCAUGUCAGUGAGGCUGCCCGAUGCUGUUCUAGCUAUUAAGUAAGUAAUUUCAAUACUCUUGUCGCAGUGAAAGCUGUAUAAGCGACGAGCCACCUACAAGACCCCCGCGUUAGGUUUUUGCUUAAAUUUAGGUUCGUUAUCGCUGAGGCUCGUGUCCACUUAAGGUAUUAGAUCUGUUAUAAGCCCGUUCGUUUCAAGGAUUUAUUUCUCAAAUACUAAACAAUUUUUCAAAAUAAAAAAAAUUACACAAGUCUAGACCUCAGCUUUCAGUAAAAUUAGCACAGUUAUACUACUACAUGAGAAAUUUCUGCAAUUUUUUUGGCUCAGAGUUUAAUUUGAAAUACCUACCUGUGAAACUCACAAACCUUUUGUGGGUAGUUGUAUAAACAAAUAAUGGCAUGAUUUUUUCGUGAUAUUUGGCAUAAAUUACCACUCGUGAUAUUUCAAAAUUAUCUCAAAUUUCACUGGCCUAACGGCUCGUGAAAUCACGUAUAACAAUUUCGAAAUAUCACUCUUGGUAUUUAUGCCAAAUACCGUAUUUAUUCGAUUAACCGCCCUGGGCGCUUAUUAAAUUUUUGGACCUUGAGAGUGGGCGCUUAUUCGAGGUGGGCGCUUAUUAAAUUUUCAACAUUUUCAGCAAGUGUAGUAUGUUUAUUUUGCAACAAAACAAUAAAUGGUAAAAACAAAACGCGAAGAUGUAACAAAGCAAGGUUUCUGUAAAAUACUCUGAAGAAAACUCCGUCUUCGGGGAAGUCUCUUAUUAGUACUUAUUCAAUUUUUGGGAGGUGUGAGGGGGAAAGGGGUGGGGUGGGGUGGGCGCUUAUUCGAGGCUGGGCGCUUAUUAACUUUUUCUGCCUUUAGGAUGGGCGCUUAUUCGAGGUGGGCGCUAAUUCGAGGUUGGGCGCUUAUUCGAAUAAAUACGGUAUCUCUACAAAUCAUGCUAUUACCUCAGUAUACUAAUUCCACUUCCUGGUUGUUUGCAUGGUUCAUUUAUUUCCUGCGCUGUAUUCCCAAAAGUUGAUUUUAAAGUAACUGUAGGUCAAAAGGCCUUUUCUCUAACUUUUUUUUCUUUUCUACUUAAGAACAGUGAACAUGAAAAUUUUUGCUACAGUAGCGGAUGGGAGCCUGGUGAUUUUCAAACAAAAUCAAGGUAAAAAUACCAAAUAUAAAGCUCCAGAAUUGAUUUUGCCAGCAUGUCUUUUAAAAUUUGCUUCUCUAGGAAUGAAGCUCUGGUUCAGGAAAUAAUUCAUUUGAAAAAGGUGAACAUUUGUCAAACUGCUUAUCAAAGGGCAAAUACUUGAUAAAACCUUACCUCUUAUUUCAGGCCCAACCACGCACACGUAUAAUGUUUUUAUGGCUUUUUUUCUCUUUAGAAGGCACUUGGAAUUUUAGUGAGCCAAAAGCUAUGGCGCUUGGAAAAGAUCCUGUAAUGGCAAUAGCUGUUGUGUCAGAAAACCUUUGGUGUUCCUGUGGCAACAAGUUGUUCAUAAUAAGUCAUGAUGAAGAAGUCAUCAAGGUGUGUUUCCUGACUGAUGUUUUUUUCCUACGAUACCACAAGAAGGCCCACUCUGUAAAUCUGAAGUCGAGUUAUUCUUUUCACACCGGGCCGAAAAUAGAAGAGAAUGACCAUCAAUAGCUGACUGCUCAGUUUUGUAUUGUUUAACUGACCAAUCGUGUCAUGCGCUUGCCCGACCGACCGUCCGCCCCCACCACAGAUAUACCAAUGUUUACGCGUACACUCUCUAGCUAGUUUGGGAGCCCAGGAGAAAACUGAUUGCACAUCAAUGUUGUGAUCAAUUGACAGCUGUCUCAACGGGAUCUCCGCUGACGAGUAUCACCUGACCGUAUCGCGGGCUCAGGUGUAGACCCAUCGAAGUCAAGUAUUUUUUGUUUCCCUUACUUGUAUAUGCGGCAAAUUAAUAGAACACAUUCUGGUCUCACAUACUUCAAAGCAUUUGGGAUAGCCACGGUAUUUUAAAUGAUUUUCAGCAUGGUUCCAGGCGAGCACGAUCAUGUAAAACCCAAUUAAUUGCCUUUAUAGAUGACCUCGCAAAAGAAAUGCAGUGGUUGAAAAGUUUUCUUGAGAAAAGAAGACAAAGUGUAGUUCUAGAAGGAGAGCCUUCGCAUUCAGUUCCAGUAACCUCAGGUGUACCCCAAGGAUCAGUGCUGGGGUCGUUAAUGUUUCUUAUUUUCAUUAAUGAUCUCCCAUGCUAUGCUACGUCAAGGGUCUGUCUUUUUGCCGAUGACACUGUCAUUUACCUUGCAAUAAAAUCUGAGAGCGAUUGCUGGCAAUUACAAGAUGAUCUUCACAGCUCGGAAAAAUGGGAAUCCGACUGUUGUAUGGAAUUUAAUCGAAGUAAGUGCAACGUUAUACGAGUAACACCCAGACGCACACCGUCAAAUUUCAGUACAAACUUCAUGGCAAGGUCCUAGAAACUGUUGAUACUUCUAAAUAUUUAGGGAUCAACCUCUCGCACGUGAUUUACGCUGGAAUGAUCAUGUAAAUGAAAUUACCACCAAAGCAAACAAGACUCUGAACUUUGUACGCCGCAAUCUCCGCACUUGUUCGGCCACAUCAGAAGAACGAGCAUACAAAGCCCUCGUGAGACCGAUUGUUGAAUACAGUGCCACUGUCUGGAACCCUUACGUAGCUAAGAACAUACAACAGGUCGAAAUGAUUCAACGCCGAGCAGCUCGCUGGGUACUCGGGUGCUACGACAGAUUAGACAGUGUCAAUGAUAUGUUAUCCUCUCUCAAAUGGAGAUCUCUGGAGCUCAGGAAAUCUGACGCACGUCUCUGUAUGCUGUAUAAAGAGAGUAAUGGAUUAGCCACUUACGAAUGCGACAAGCUUCAGAGAGCACAUAAGAGCAGAAUGGACACCAGGCUCUCGUCUCUCAGUCAUCGAUUUGAGCAGCCACGUUGUACAUGUGAUUACUUUAAGAACUCUUUUUACCCUAGGACAAUUGAAUUGUGGAACAAUCCCCCACCAGAAAUUAUAGCAUCCACUUCGCCAUGUUCAUUUAGGCAAUCCCUGUGUAAUCUUAUAUAUUGAUUAGUAAGUUAAUGUUAUUGUUGUGUUCAUUGUUGUAAUUUUUAUUAUUUAAAGCAGUCUGCAAUACUCUGUUAAGAGUGAAGACUUAAUUGGUAAAUAAAUAAUAAAUAUGGAGAGUGCCAGGGGAACUCCGCGCGCGUCCUCGAAAUUUCUCCUUUCGCUCUAAAAACUACUGGCGCCUGCAUGCUACUCGGGUUACAAUCUCUAUGUUCAUCGUUCUCAAUAUAUUGAUGACCCAUGAUUGCUGUGUUUACGUUUGUCUCAUUUUAGCACGUGAUUGAGGUGGAUGAUAAUCCCAAGUCCAGCAUCAAGCAUCUUGUCAGCUAUGGUGUUGGUGUGUGGGUGUCCGUCUGGAAGGUGCCGUCAAUCAAGUUAUUUCACAGUGAGACACUGAAGCACGUGCAGGACAUCAGUAUUGCUUCUCCUGUCACCAACAUGCAGCGAGGUCAGAAACUUUCGUUUACCCUGGUUAUAAAUUAACUUUGUAUUACACCCGUUGCCUUAAUUCCACCGUAAUAGUUUUAAAAUUUCUAACCUAAUUAAUCUAAUUUACAGUGUCGUGAAUGCAUUAUUACGAAGCACUGCUCCACAAACAUUGUGCCACAGUUGUUCAUAAAUAAAUAGCUAAAAGAAAAAUCAAGCCCUUAUUUCAUCUGUUGUUGUUGUUGUUUGAAAAGUUGAACCUGGUGUUGCUUCCUCUUUUGACGUUUGUCGCUGUACCUUUACUUGCCUUUUUUCACAGAUAUCGACUCUCAGCUGGAGAAAACCAAACUGGAUCAAGUUUACGUGACAGCCCUGUCAGCUGAUGAGGGUUUACUAUGGGUGGGGACCAGUGUAGGAGUUACCCUGUUGUUUCCUCUUCCAAGGCUUGAGGGUGUGCCACUUGUUUCCGGUAUGACUCGCAUUUUUCUUUGCUUACUGCUUCUUUCAUAUUUGCUGUUAACACUAUCCAUUUAAUAGUGUAAUGAUUCGAGAAGGGGCGCCAGUUGUUCAAUAGGUGGAUAGUUCCAUCCACCGGAUAAAUCACUAUCCACUGGACAACGCAAUUGAUUUCCCUAAUACUUAUCCGCUGGAUAGCGCUAUCCAACGUUUGAAUAACCGGGGCCUGGUGGAUAGCACUAUCCAUCUUUUGAACAACCAAGCCCAGAAUUUCAGCCAUAGCGUCAAAGCCAUUUCUAUUGACACCAGCAAUAUUUCUUAUGAAACUUUUUAUUUCAGGCAAAGCUUGUGUUGCAUUUCACUCGUACGGAAGCAGUGUGCGAUGUUUUUACCCGCUAAAAAACAACCCGUCCCUCGGUACGGGUCAUGGUCUCGAGGCAACAAGGCCAAACCUCAGCUUGUUUCGGGAACAUGAAGUUAGAGACGCAUGCGUGCAGACAGACCCGGGAAUCUCAGGAGCUUGGGGCUAUGCAUCACGUGGUCCAACUUUCGCCAAUAAAGGUAAAGGUUAGUUUCUACUCUUCUUUGGUACGACAAAUGUUAUUCCGUGGAGGUACUACAACAGCAAUAAUCGUUAUUUUCCCUAUUGAAGUUUCACAAAAGUUCACUGGCCAGCAUGUAGGCAGAGCUUAUCUUGGCGGGGCAGUCAAUUUACAUUUCGGGAAUAAUUUUAUUGUGUUAUGUUCUGGUACAUGUUUGUCCAUAUAUAAUGCAGCUUAAUGCGGAAAGACUGUACAAAAAAGAAAAAGAAUUUAUGGUACAUAAUGGAUUUACAGUAAAUAAAGUUUAUUGGAAAAAGCUGGUAUCAAUUCAUACUGACUAUAAUUAGGGGUAAUACUUAUGACCAGAAAAAAUGAAGCAGACCGUUAAAACGAAAAUGUAAUUUAACUGCAUUGUGCAACAAAUUUUCUCGACGUUACGGUUGUACAUCUCAAAUAUAAGUGAUUUUACUUUGUAAAUAUUUAAAAAUUCAAUUGAAUGAUAACUGUGAUUGAAGGCAGAUUACAUUACAUACGGCUGUCUUUGUGGCUUUAGAAUAUGGUUCCCACCCGUUUGGUUUGACGCCGGUACUGAUCGAUAUACGGGUAACAGGUAAUGUGGUUUGUUGCAGCUUCCCCAAAAAAGAUCACCUUUAACAAGACAGCAACACCCCCCCGACAAAUUUCGAACCAUGUGGGAGGAGAGGGUGAGGAGGAUUACUCCGACGAAGAUGUUCACUCUGACGACGAAUUUAACUUUGUAGAAGACAAGCAGCAGACCUUGAAUGGGAUGCGGAUAUCGAGUGUUGCCGGUACAGGAACUGGCACCUUCAGUGUCAGGUUUGAGGGUUGCGAAGAAGCUGCUCACAGCCCUACUUCUAUCGCUAGUUCUGUUCAAUCGGGCGAAUUCAUCGGGAAGAGUCAAUUCCGAGUGGAUGACUUUGCCCGAAUGCUGUCGGAGUUUAAGGGCUUUGGAACUUCUCCUCCAAAUCCGAGUAUUCCAGAACCUCCACGAAUUCCACUAGUUAUCACGAACACCUCGAUUGACGAAGUUGAUGGGACAUCUGAAGAAAAUCCCCAAAUCAGGACUGGAACCACUACUACUAAUGGUGAGACAACCGGAAGUGUUGGUGAAGCAGACAGACAGGCUCUUGCAAUUGGAGACGAAACAGGGGACUUCAGAGGAAGAGUGAAAUCUGCCGGUGAAUAUAUCAAACUAAGUCAAUCACGGGCGGCUGCUGCCCAAGCGCUUACCAUAAAUGAAAAUGAUGAAGCAGAGUCCAAACAAAAAGCUGAAUCGAGGCCUGAAACAAAAAGUGAUACCGGAAAACAGUUAACUGUUGCUGAGCCCGGUUUUCCAAGUUAUGUACAAAUCCUCGAUGAUUCUCAAGCUUCCUCAGUGUCAUUAGAAGACGAAAGGUCGCCGGAAAAGAUUUAUGACAGUCCUCGGCAAGACGAUAGCUAUACAGUGUUUGAAAGAAGCCAGAGGCGCGCUAGUGAAUUAGCCGGAAAGAAAGUGGAGAACUUAAAACCGAGGCUGCCGUUUCCAGUUCUCCUGGUUAGCGCGGGUGAAGGGUACGCAGACUUGCGGCGAAAGAAGCGAAGUGAGAAUGAUAAAGAACCUCGAAUAAUGAUCUGGCAGGUUUGUUAGAGCAAGAUACAUGUACAUAGGAAGGGUUCAGUUUUAAGCCGUUGGAUGGGUGUCGAACAGCUUUGUGUCGGCCAAAUAACUGGCGGUAUUGGUUAAGUUUCUAAUGAGGGUGAUUGCCAUUUUUUACAUGAAUUCUGAUUACAAGCCAUGAGCCUUCAUCGAAUCAAAAGGUUUAAAUGCAAUGUUUGUUUAAGAGAACAUCGAAUUAUUUUUUAUCACAAGGUAGAUUCCUCUUUAUAUGAAAUUAAUAUCAUUAUGCAUAUAUUUUUACGUAGCAAUUAAAAUUUUUAUCAUUUCAUCAACCAAGGUCGAUGGACAUCUUUUAUUUCUCUUUCAAUCUGAAAGGCUAUUGUAAGGCUUUUGGAAGUGCGUUACUUUUUCUUGAUACACAGAUAAAGUAGGCUUUCUUUCUGUUAGCCAAUCUUCGUUUCAUUUAUGGAAAAGCACUGAACCUCAGAUUAGAAUCUGAUUCACCUCUUGUUAUAUGUAGACUGUUGAGUUGGUCAGUGUUGGUCGGAUUAUCGCGGUCUCCCAUUGCAAAACAAGCACUAAAGGAGUUUUAAUCAAAUGUAAUGUCCUUGUAUUAGCGUGAAACUAUCAAUGUGAAUUAGUUCGACUGCUCUGUCAUAGACAUAACUGGUCUGUACUCUCCGACAACUUAAAAAGUUUUCUUUACAUGAUAUGGAGUUAGUAAGAUAAGUCCUUACGAAGUCGUAAACUGAAUUUCUAAACUGCGCUUUGUCAUCCUGCUUGAAGAUAUAUGGUCCUUUAAUAAACUUUCAACUGUCGAUCAUCGUUUUUCUGUCAUUAUUUAGUUCAAUCGUUCAUUCUUUUCUACGAUAUUGUUGUUAUUGCCAGCCUGUUAUUGAUUGGUAUAUUUCUUUUGUGGGUAAAAAAAGUCUUUUACUUUACAAGUGACUAUGGAAACAAAAUGUCCUUCUGUCUUUGCUCAGUAACCCCAUUUCCAGGCUUCUCUCCUUCUUCUGCUGGGGUGGGGGAAUGAAAGACCCUGGGAACGAGGUUAAUCGCUCAGUCUGGUUAUCGCGAGUACAUCGCGCGUGUGUGCUCUCCUCACUCGAAGAUUAAAUACAUAAAACGCGCGAUGAUCCUUUCAGUUUGCGUUCCAGAUUUUGACGUGGUGUCUACUAUAAAUUGAAGAAAUUAAAUCUGUCGUGUAUCUCAUGCACCCUUGACGCCGCCGCAGACAAUCUUUUUGGGAUUUAUCAAUUAUCUUGCGAUGGCCAAUAUUGGAUUUUAGUCUGUGGUGUCAUAUGUUCGAACCGCGGAGGAGCCGGAGACAGUGUGUGCGACGAAGUACUUGUCUCUCAUUUCUGCCUCUCCAAGGUAUCCAAUGUUGAAUUAACCUGUCUGCGAUCAUUCUUAGGUAGCUGUUUUCAGACGCUGCAAGCACAUAACGGUUUUGAAGCAGAAACCAAGAUUUUUUGGAUCUCGUGCCGCGGUUUAUGCGAAAAAGCGCGAUACCUG